UAACGGUGAACUUGUAGGGGACGCGGGGCUUCGAGGAUUAGUCUGCAGAUAAGACAACAACAAUAACAACAAAACAACUGUGAAUAUCACCAUUGCGUCUCCCCUACGCCAACUACACAGAAUCAUGGAGGUGAAGGAACCAGUUAACGUGUCCGUGCAAAACUCGAAAAACACUGCGCGCCCAGUCAUCCAGUGCCCCGCCAUGGGCAAUGGUGGUGGAGGCGUGCAGGGCGGAGUGUGUUCCUCCGUGGGGGGGACGUCGUCCAAAGUGCUCCUGGCUUACCGAAACGCCACGCAGCACCUCAACAACGCACCGGGCGCCCUGUCCAGCAUCUCCAAGGCCGGCAUGCAGGGCAUCCUGAAGCUGGCCACGUCGCAGUGGAAGCACCAGGAGAGGAAAGCCCGAGCCCGCUCUUCCAGCGUGGGCAACAGGUGCUCAGCAACAACAUUGGUCAAUAACACCACCACCACCACCACCACCACCACGACAGAGCGCACCAGUCCGUGCAAGAGAUCCGCGCUGGAUCAGCUAGCGGCUCUGGUGCUGAACGGGCAGUCACGGUGGCAGCAGCAGCAGCUGACGCAGCAGGAUUCGUCGCCUUCAUGCUCCUCCACAAAGCCACAGAACUGCCGGCGCAUAGUGGUGCUGGGCGCGCCGCGGGUCGGCAAAACUUCCAUCCUGAGACGCUUCCUCCGCGAAGGCUUCGACGAGCAGUACGAGCCCACGUCCGAAGACUUCCAUCGCAAGAUGUACCACAUACGGGGAGAGGCGUACCAGAUCGACAUUCUCGACGCCUCUGGAGAGAGGAGCUUCCCGGCAAAACGCAGGCUCUCCAUUUUAACAGGCAACAUAUUCCUGCUGGUGUUCAGCGUGGAUGACCGCAACUCCUUCGAAGAGGUGCGCGCGCUGCGCACUGAAAUCGUGGCGGCCAAAACGGCUCUGCAGAAAUCCAAAGAGCGCGCGCGCGUGCCCACCGUGGUCUGUGCCAACAAAGCGGACUUGCCCGAGCACCAGUGGGCUAUCUCCCGCGACGAGAUCCGAGAGGUGCUUGGGGAGGGCUGUGCCUUUUUCGAAACCUCCGCCAAAGACAAUUUGAACCUCGAGCAGGUGUUCGAAGCGCUGGCCCAGCGCGGUGGACUGCCGUUGGAGACGGGACCGUCGCAGCAUCGUAAAGUCUCCAUACGCUCGUACCAAGCCCUGCGAGCUACUCGGCAGCCGGGGCGCGGGGGAGGUGGUGGCAAGACGGCCGGGACUGACACUGCCUGCGGGGCCCUUUACCCUCUGGCACGCCGGCCAAGUUUUAGCACCGACCUCCGACAGGUUCUCGGACCGCACGCGUCGGGGAAGCAGAACAGACCUCUUGAGAGAUGCCAGAUUCAGUGA